AAAUGACUAUGAGCUUGGAAGGCAUUAUGGACAAUUACUAGAGUUGGUCAUUUCAAACAGCAACAUUUCUACUCUAGGAAAUAAAACUUUUGCUGGACUAAAUAAUUUGACGCACCUUAACCUGAGUAACAAUAAUUAUUUGGCAGACAAAGUGGAUCCUCUCGUAUUUAGUCCCCUUGUUAACAUCAAGGAGUUAUCAGUGCAGGGAAAUGGAAACGAUAAAAAUCUGUACAGGAACCGUUUCGUGUCAAGAACCUGGAUUGAUACAUUUAGAGGAUUGGAAAACUCUACAAUCGAAUCGAUAGAUUUUAGAAAUAUGGAUAUGAGUCCUGUAACUGUGACAAAGGGGGAUUUAAAUCUCCUAAGAAAUUCUCCAAUCAAAUUCCUUUGGCUUCGUAAUUUGGCAAUCAUAGACAUAGAUAUUGAAAUCCUUGUAUAUAUACCAAAGAUCAGAUUAAUUGACUUAUCAAGAAAUACAAUACAAAUGACUGUAGACUAUAGAAAUCUUUAUAAACGACUUUUCCAUCUUACACAUUUGGAGCAAUUUAUACUUUCACAUAACAGUGGCCAGAUGGAGAAAACAGGUUCAUCUGAAAUCCUUUCGAAGGAUAUUGCUGAAACUAUAAUUUUUUCAUUGCCAAGUUUCCAAUAUUUUGAGUUGGAUAACUCUAUUAUUUAUAAGGAACC